AUGACUUUCGAAGACUAUUUUUCUUUUCAGAUAUUCUUUAUCUUUCUGAGGGAAUCUCUGGAAAUUGUAGUGAUCAUCUCUAUUCUAUUGACUAUCGUUAGGCAAGGGCUUUCCGUUGGUAAAGAGGAUGAAAAUCAGGGUUCUCCUACCCAUACGGACCCGACACUGGCACUAUCACCUGGUGAAUCCGUCUCCCCUGAGACAGAUCCGAUGCUCCCCAGCGGAUUGACUUUGGAAGAGGAGGAGGAAAUGUUUGAUUUCCCUGAUGCGGGGUGGGACUCUGAACACCAAACAGCCGUUUCGCCCAAGGACGACAACUUGAAGAAGUAUAACAGGUUGAAGUUACAGAUCCUAUCAGGUGGUGUCCUUGGACUGCUUCUAUGUUUGGUCAUAGGGGGUGCCUUUAUUGCUGUAUUUUAUCACAUAGGUUCAGAUCUAUGGCAGCUAAGUGAGCAUUACUAUGAGGGGAUAUUGAGUAUUGUCGCAUCUCUUAUAAUAUCAGUUAUGGGACUGUUCUUUUUGAGGAUGGGGAAACUGAGAGAAAAGUUCAGAGUAAAACUGGGCUCAAUCAUUUACUCUGAAAGCGGGAACAUGUUGCGGGGUCAAGCGGAUAAAACGAUGUCAUUCAGUGGAAGAUAUGCCUUUUUCAUUCUGCCAUUUGUCACUGCUCUUAGAGAAGGGUUGGAAGCUGUUGUGUUUAUUGGAGGUGUUGGUAUUGACCAGCCUUUGACCUCGAUUCCACUAUCUAUGCUUUUAGCGGUGGCAUUGAGCGGUAUAUUCGGCUACUACUUCUACAAAUACUCAAGCUCUCUGUCUUUGAAAAUAUGUUUGGUCGUCACCACCUGUUUCCUGUACCUGAUUUCUUCUGGCCUAUUCUCGAAGGGUGUGUGGCAACUAGAACUACAAGGUUAUGUUAACAAUUGCAACGGCCAGGACAUGACUGAGGUGGGAAAUGGACCCGGUUCAUAUGACAUAUCCAAAUCCGUUUGGCACGUCAACUGUUGUAACGGUGAAAAUGAUGGGGGUUGGAUGCUUCUAACGGCGAUAUUUGGAUGGACCAAUAGUGCCACAUAUGGUUCUGUCAUCAGUUACAACGUAUAUUGGCUGGUCUUUAUUCUUGUAUUGAACAUCCUGAUUGUGGAGGAAAAAUACGGCUACAUUCCGUAUUUGCCAGUUGUCCUACAAAAGAGAAGAAUUUUGAAAAGGAUGAAGAUUGCUAAAGCUUCUCUAGAUCUGAAAAGGAAUAACGGUCCUAUGCUUGCCGCCGUAAGUCAGGACUUCUCCAAUCAAUAUAGAGUAUCAAAGGAUAGCUCGGUGCCACUGAUUCAAGAAGAUGAAACAGGGGAAAACUAUCGUGGAACGGAUUAA